AUGUAUCGCGGAGUGGUAACCAGAUCGCUUAGCGCGGUGGCUCGUAGCAGCCGUCGGAUCUCGUCCGCGGCACCCUCGAGGCGCCUCCACCAGCUUAGGAACCAGAAUCUCUUGCCAUGCGCUCCUGAGAGCACCCCGGUUUUUGGAUCGUGCGGCGGGAAAGGCUCGUUACUGGCGGGUUGCAAUCGAAGCCGUUGGAUCCACCCGUCGUUUGCGGCGCGAGGGUUUGCGACGUCGUCGACCGAUGCGGGGCUUCUGAAGGUUCUUAAAGCGGAGCUGGAGCACGAGGAGCAGGACUACGAGCCGCCCGAAGACCUGAAGGAGGGACCCCCCGCGGAGUGGACGGUGGAGGAGCAGGGCGGCACCAUCGACGCCGUGCUCAAAAGAACGUACCAGGGGGAGGCGAUAUCCGUCGUUGCGGCAUUCGCGGACGACGACGAGGCGUAUCCGGAGGAGGGCGAGGGGGAGAGCGAGGAGGAGGAGGAGGAGGAAGGGGAGGAGGGGGAGCGCCUGACGCCGCUGUCGGUGAGGGUGACCGUUGCCAAGAAGGCGGAUCAGGGGGAGCUGGAGAUCGACUGCGUGGUGGACGGCAACUCUUGGAUUAUUCAGGACGUGCGUCUGGAGGACCCUGACGUGCCUGAGGACGGCAUUCCCUAUGGCGGCCCACAGUUCUCCACGUUGGAUCCAGUGUUGCAGGAGCAGUUUGACUCGUUCCUGAGGCGGCGGGGCAUCAGUGCAGGCCUGGCAGCGUACCUGAGGCGGUACCUGGAGGACAAGGAGCAGCGCGAGUACGUGCGCUGGCUCAAACGCCUCGGGGCCUUUGUCGCGCAGAAGUGA